AUGCUUAUGCUUUUGUUAAAACUGCACUUGAUUGGUUGUUGCUUGUGUGUGGGUGAACAAGAAGGAGAAUCAAAAAGAGGAGUCGUGCAUCAGGGAGAAGAAAUGCUUGAGAAAGGAGGAAUGACAGUUUUGAAGGCUUAUCAGUUCCAUUAUCAUGAAGUGUUUCUUCCAUGGCAUGGUUUAUGUCCAACCAAGAGACAAGUUUUGUUACAUUGGAACAACAUGUUUUGGCAUAUCCUCCAAGAAGAGACGUUGGGUUAAAUCAAAUAGCCCUGUUUGAAGGCAAAGUCGUAGGUGGAAAUGGAGUUUUAAGCAAGGACGUGUACAAAGUUGGUGAAAUGUUUGACUUUUUCAGAAUGCUCUAUUUCUACUUCACUACAAUUGGUCAAUUUACAAGUGAACUUUUUUUUUUCUUUUAUUACAUCUUUUUUUUUUGUACACUUGAGGAUAAUUUUAUUGUUUUUUGUAAUGCUAUAUAAGUACUUUCAUGUUUCUUCCAUUUAUUUGAAACCAUUGUAUACUUACUCUUCUGAUGGUAAAGUUUCA